GAUCCCGCGCCCGUCCGGGAGGGCGGCUGCAGGCGCUAAGGCGGCGACUGGGGGAGUCGCUGCUGAGGCGGCCGCGGGCCCGGGUCGCGUCGGCGUAUCUCCGCGCGGCCGAGCCGGGCUGGCAGCAGCUGGCGCCUGGCGGUGAGGGCGGGCUCCCGGGUGGGUGGAAUGGCCCUCACCUAGGGCGGUGGGAGAAGCAGCUGAGCCGAGGAUGCUGGGGAGGCGGCGCGGCGGCUCCUCACUCAUCCCAGAUAUUGGUCAUCUUUCUGAAGUAGAAUCUCCAUGGCCUGAAUGUUUUCUGAAAAACAUUUGUAGCAAAAUAUCUGUUUAAUAGCAAGAUAACCACAUCAAGAUGGUUGGAAAACUGAAGCAGAACUUACUAUUGGCAUGUCUGGUGAUUAGUUCUGUGACUGUAUUUUACUUGGGCCAACACGCCAUGGAAUGCCAUCACCGAAUAGAAGAACGUAGCCAACCCCUCAAAUUUGAGAACACAAAGACCACUGUGCGAACUGGCCUGGACAUCAAAGCCAAUAAAACCUUUGCCUAUCACAAAGAUAUGCCUUUAAUAUUUAUUGGAGGUGUGCCUCGGAGUGGAACCACACUCAUGAGGGCCAUGCUAGAUGCACACCCUGAUAUUCGCUGUGGAGAGGAAACCAGGGUCAUUCCUCGAAUCCUGGCUCUGAAGCAGAUAUGGUCACGGUCGAGUAAAGAGAAAAUACGCUUGGAUGAGGCUGGUGUCACCGAUGAAGUGCUGGAUUCUGCCAUGCAGGCCUUCUUACUAGAAAUCAUUGUUAAGCAUGGGGAGCCAGCCCCUUAUUUAUGUAAUAAAGAUCCUUUUGCCCUGAAAUCCUUAACUUACCUUGCUAGGUUAUUCCCCAAUGCCAAAUUUCUCCUGAUGGUCCGUGAUGGCCGGGCAUCAGUACAUUCAAUGAUUUCUCGAAAAGUUACAAUCGCUGGAUUUGACCUGAACAGCUAUAGGGACUGUUUGACCAAGUGGAAUCGUGCCAUAGAGACCAUGUAUAACCAGUGUAUGGAGGUUGGCUAUAAAAAAUGCAUGUUAGUUCACUAUGAGCAACUUGUCUUACAUCCUGAACGGUGGAUGAGAACACUCUUAAAGUUCCUCCAAAUUCCUUGGAACCACUCAGUAUUACACCAUGAAGAGAUGAUUGGGAAAGCUGGGGGAGUAUCUCUGUCAAAAGUGGAGAGAUCUACAGACCAAGUCAUCAAGCCAGUCAAUGUGGGAGCUCUAUCAAAAUGGGUUGGGAAGAUACCUCCAGAUGUUUUACAAGACAUGGCAGUGAUUGCACCCAUGCUUGCCAAACUUGGAUAUGACCCGUAUGCCAAUCCACCUAACUAUGGAAAACCUGAUCCCAAAAUCCUUGAAAACACUAGAAGGGUCUAUAAAGGAGAAUUUCAGCUACCUGAAUUUCUUAAAGGAAAACCUCAGACUGAGCAAGUGGAAUAACAGAGCCAGGAACCUCUUGCAUACUUGAGCUGAAAGAAACCUGAAGACCAUCAACCUCAACCACCUGUUUACUGAUAAGGAAACUGAUCCUAGAGAGAGGAUUUGUCAAGUUCACAUCAUAGGUCGGAAAAACCCAAGGCUAAAGAGCACCGUCUCCUGACAUCCAGCCGGGGAUUCUUUCACCACCCUGUGCUGCUUCCUCUGCAUGCUGGAUGUGCAGAUGUUUUUGCGCUAAUAUGUUCGGGAGUUGCCUGGUUGGUUUUUCAACCUUGCUGUUGCAUUAUGCUGUCUUAAUGUUUGUAACCUAUGUUGUGUCAUCGUAGUUAAAGGCUACAGUGUGGAGCAGGACUUAUCAGCCCUUUCUAUCUGAGUAAUCAUCAGGUGCAUGUCCAGGGAUACCAGCCAAUUAGUGGCAAAGCUGGUUUCUGAACCUAGACCUCCUGACAUGGCUGCUCAGACCUCACACCCCUAUCCCACACUUUCUUAAGAUUCUGUUUUGCUCUGAAUAUUUUGGUUAUGCCUUAGAUCAUUUGGAACUUGAAAAGCUUUCUUUAAAAUAUGAUUUUUCCUGGGAAUUCCCUAGCAGCCAAGGAGUUAGGGCUCCGUGCUUCCACUACAGGGGGCAGGGUUUGAUCCCUGGUCGAGGAAGUAAGGUUCCACAGCCGUGCAGUGUGGGGAAAAAAAUUAAAUAAAGUAAAAUAAAAUAAAAUACUAAAAUAAAUAAAAAGAAAACCUAUUAUAAAAAAGUAAAAAAUAAAAUCUGUUUUUUUCUUAUAGUUUUGUUUGCUGUUUUAUUUUUAUUUUAUAUAAUAACCAUGUAUUGAGUGUGUACUCCAUACCAGGUGUAAAAUACCAAGCAUCAUAUAUAUAUAUAGUAUAUAUAUGAUAUAGGAUAUAUUAUAUGAUAUCUAUAAUAAAUAUAUAUAUUAUUCAUAUAUAUACAUAUAUGAAUGAUUUCAUUCAAGUUUCAAACCACUCUGGCAAGUAGGUGAUAUUAUUCCUCUUCUACUGUUGAGAAAAUUGAGAUUGAAUAAUUUGAUUUGAAUAAGGGGUUCUUAUGACUUGCUGUGUGCUAAUAGAUUAUAGAUAGAAAAGACACAUGAAUGCUGCUAUGCCAAGUCAAAAUCACGGAUGGCAGUGAGUUAAUAUUCAUAGGUUUUAGGAAUUAUGAUUGCCUUUUUUGCUAAGAAGCAAAUGCUAAAUGUAGACUUCAACUCGAUGAGCAUACAGGUAUAACAGCCGUUAUCAGGCCUUGGAUAAUUUUGUUUAUUCAAAAAUACUUUCAAAAGUAUAGAUAGUGCUUCCCUGGUGGCGCAGUGGUUGAGAGUCCGCCUGCCGAUGCAGGGGACGUGGGUUCAUGCCCCGG